CAGUGGAAUCUCUUUGAUGGGCUGAAAUAAGGUGUAAUUUAUCUUUUCUGUGGGGGAGAGAGAACUCAGUCUGCGUUCUCAAUUUCACACUCCCAAUUCCAUUGAAAAGUUGAAGUCCGUAACUGUCUCUGUAUCCACUAACCGCCUUUCAUUUCACAAUGGAGUUGGCCGCCAAGCUCCACCACCUCGAUCUCACUUCCGCCUUUCUCAGCGGUGGCUCCGUCAUCUUCGAACCUCCUAAACCUCUCUCCCGCCCACCCUUUCAUCUUCGCCCAGUUCGCAUCAACAACACUCACUUCACUAACCCAACAACAACAAGAAGAAGAAGAUUCUUCGACGCCAUAAGACCUACCAAUUCCACUACCACUCUCCGUUUCUCCGCCGUGGCCACCGACGACACCUCCCUCGCCGAAACGACGACCGAACAACAAGACGACAUCGAGUCCCUCCUCUCCGAACCUUCUUCCAACGACUAUGACUUCGAUAAACGGCGCGCCAACAAGCAAUCCACUACGGGAGCUUCCAGCGUUUCUUCGGGGGUAAAAUUGGAAAACGUUACCAAGAGCUACAAGGGUGUAACCGUUUUGAAAGACGUGAGCUGGGAAGUGAAGAAGGGAGAGAAAGUGGGCCUCGUUGGCGUUAACGGUGCCGGUAAAACCACACAGAUGAGGAUUAUUGCGGGUCAAGAAGAACCUGAUUCAGGUAACGUCAUUAAAGCCAAACCGAACAUGAAGAUCGCAUUUUUGAGCCAGGAAUUCGAGGUUUCGCCCAGUAAGACGGUGAGGGAAGAGUUCACGAGCGCGUUCAAGGAGGAGAUGGAGAUAGCGGUGAAGCUUGACAAGGUUCAGAAGGCUCUAGAAGGUGCCGUGAAUGACAUGGAUUUGAUGGGGAGGCUUCUUGAUGAGUUUGAUUUGCUUCAGAGAAAGGCACAGGCUUUGGAUUUGGAUGAGGUUGAUGCCAAGAUAAGUAAGUUGAUGCCUGAGCUUGGGUUUGCAGCUGAAGAUUCUGAUAGGUUGGUUGCUUCUUUUAGCAGUGGGUGGCAGAUGAGAAUGUCUCUUGGGAAAAUUUUACUUCAGGAGCCAGAUUUGUUGUUGUUGGAUGAGCCGACGAAUCACCUUGACCUUGAUACCAUUGAGUGGCUCGAAGAGUAUCUUAACAAGCAGGAUGUCCCCAUGGUUAUCAUUUCCCAUGACAGAGCAUUUCUUGAUCAGCUGUGCACAAAAAUUGUGGAAACUGACAUGGGUGUAUCCAGGACAUUUGAGGGGAAUUAUUCUCAGUUUAUACUUUCAAAGGCAGCAUGGAUUGAGGCACAGUACGCCGCAUGGGAAAAGCAGCAGAAAGAAAUUGAGCUGACCAAAGAUUUAAUUAGUAGGUUAGGUGCUGGAGCAAAUUCUGGCCGUGCUUCAUCUGCCGAGAAGAAGCUGGAGAGACUUCAGGAUGAGGAACUAGUAGAGAAGCCAUUUGAACGGAAACAAAUGAAAAUCAGGUUCCCUGAGCGCGGAAGGAGUGGAAGAUCUGUUGUAACAAUUAAGAACUUGGAGUUUGCCUUUGAGGAUAAGACACUUUUCAAGAAGGCAAAUCUUACAAUUGAAAGGGGAGAAAAGAUUGCAAUUAUUGGUCCAAAUGGAUGUGGCAAGAGUACUUUAUUGAAAUUGAUAAUGGGUAUAGAGAAGCCGAUGGGGGGUGAGGUUGUGCUUGGGGAGCAUAAUGUAUUACCUAACUAUUUCGAGCAAAACCAGGCUGAGGCACUGGAUCUGGACAAGACAGUGCUUCAGACGGUAGAAGAAGCUGCAGAGGACUGGAAGAUUGAUGAUAUCAAAGGACUUCUUGGGCGAUGUAAUUUUAAAGCUGAUAUGCUUGACCGAAAAGUUUCUCUAUUGAGUGGUGGUGAGAAGGCACGGUUGGCUUUUUGCAAAUUCAUGGUAAAGCCAUCAACUCUACUUGUGUUGGAUGAACCAACCAAUCACUUGGAUAUACCUUCUAAAGAAAUGCUCGAGGAAGCAAUAAAUGAGUACGAGGGCACUGUUAUCACUGUGUCUCAUGAUCGAUACUUUAUAAAACAAAUAGUUAAUAGAGUGAUAGAAGUUAAAGAUGGCACCUUACAGGAUUAUGCAGGCGAUUACAAUUAUUAUUUAGAGAAGAACCUUGACGCCAGGGAGAGAGAGCUCGAACGGGAAGCAGAGCUUGAGGACAAAGCUCCUAAGGUGAAAGCCAAGUCUAAGAUGUCUAAGGCUGAGAAAGAAGCACGGAAAAAACAAAAGAUGCAAGCCUUUCAGGCAGCAAAACAGAAGUCUAAAAGCGCCAAGAAUGCCAAGAGGUGGAAGUGAACCCAUUAAUUUAUCAUAGAAGCCCCAUACUUUUUUAGACGAAUUUAAACACUGCGAGGGGCUGCAAGCUGAAGUAGCACAUUGAUUAUUAUUUUUGCUACUCAGCCUUUUGUAUAUAUCAAUCAUAUCAUGUAUGAAUAAACUAAUUCAUUUGAGUAAUUAAAUGGAAUAUAGUAGAUUCUCAGCCA